UGCUUUGAUCGGGAUGACGUGGGAAAAGUCGCGUGGUUGUAGCCGUGUACCCCGCAAGAAUUCGGGGAAGAAGCUGAUCGCAACCCGCAGCCGGGGAUAAUUCUUUCCCAGUGCUCAGGCCAGUGUCACUAUCCUGUUGGAAUUGCGACGCGACGUAUAUUGGGCCACGAUUCUCCCACAGACGAAGCUAUCAGGAUGCCCUCAAAUUCUGCGAUCACAAAAAAGGCCUGUGAUGGGUGUAAAGUGCGCAAGAUCCGUUGCGGUGGUGGACAGCCGUGCCACUCGUGUAUAAAUGCCCGAGUAAAGUGCACCUACCUCCGGGCUCACCAGCGUCGAGGGCCUCAAAAGCUGCGCCCGAUGACCAAAUUUCUCAUUGAACAGGCGCAAGGGACCGGGUCAACCCAUUCUGCUCAGAUGGCGGGAGAUGCAGGAGAUGAUGAUGUCCGGUCGACGCAAUCCGAAAGGUCCCGGAUUCCAGUAAAUGUGCUGGCCUCCCCGUUGUAUAUUUACCACGCGCACAUGUACCCAGUUUGGCCGAUCGUCGACGUCGAAAAUAUCCUGUUUACGCUACAACAAGAUGGCGACAACCAAGACUAUGAGACCUAUGCACUCGCAGCCGCCGUCGCAGCAGGAACCAUCGCCCAGUUAAGACUUGGGGAAGAUUGCCUGGCGGAUCAAUUAGUCUCGGCGGAUACCUUUGCGCAAGAGUGUAUGAAGGCCAGGAGAUUCUGCGACUAUCGAUCUAGAGUGAAUCUGAAUAAUGUGCGAACCGCGUUUUUCUUGCAUGUAUACUAUGAGAAUAUGGAAUCUGGGGGCAGUGAGUCCCUGCUGUAUCUGAGAGAGGCUAUCUCACUCGCUCAAAUGAUGUAUCUGCAUCGAGAAGCGUCGUACGCAGCGUAUGCGCCGGAGGAGCAACAGAUUCGUCGUCGCGUAUUAUGGUUGUUAUAUAUCACAGAGCGUGGAGUUUGUAUUCUUCAUAAACUCCCCAUUGUUCUUAAAACCGAUAUCGCAACCCCCCAACUCGACGCAAGUGCCGAUCCCCAAGUUCUACCCGCAUUCCUCAAACUGCUUGCCUUAUUUACCAUGUUCGAGCAAUCUAGAAUGUUUGAGAUACUUGAAGACCAUCACCUGGGAACGCAGUCGGCCCAAGCCGCGGUCAACAGUCUUGACGCGCGCUUUGUCGACCUAUUACAUGGUGGGCUUAGAGAUGGGUCGCCCAUUUCCGAGCAUAUUUCAGACGUUCAAAGGGCAGACUUAUGUGUCACAUGGCACUGGAUGCGCAUUCUUCUAUGGAAAGCGCUGUCCAAGCAGAGCGUGACAGGCCAGCUUUCGGCUCAGUCCCCUGUAUCACCGUUCUUCCCCGUCCUGGUGGCGAAGGAACUACUCAAUAUAGUAUCACAAUUACCCAGAACAGCUCUUGAGGCUCACGGACUAGGCAUGGAGAUGAAGCUCUAUGAGGUUGCGAACUCGCUAGCCGAUGCAGUCAUCAGCCUGGCAGUGCUUCCACAAAGCGGAGUCUGGGAUACGGAAAGCCCCCCCAGCAGUAUUCUCACUAAAAUGCAUUCCAUGCUUUGCUCGCUCCGAGGGGGAGGGAAGAAAAACUUAGCUGAGGUAUUGUAUAAGAAAAUGGCAGAAGUCCACUACACCAAUGGUCCAGCCCUCUCACCCACAGUUCAUGACGCAUCUCGACCAAUCGCACCCAAACACCUAACGGCGGCCAUCGAAAGCGCCUCAAAUUCGGGAGCGAAGACAACAGUGGCUGACGUGAAUCUGGUGUCGAGGAGCAAUACAAUCCGAGCAACAGAUCUGGACGAACGACCCGCAACCCAAUGCCCCGAAAAUGACCAUGUGCAUGAUGAUGAUGAUGAUGAUGCUAAUGCUAACAAAAUGGAGGAACAGGAGUUCAGCAAUUACUCCCCACCUUCAUGGAAAGAUAUGAUUUUCUCCGACUUCUUAGAUGCAGAAUUCCGCCCCGAAAGACCGCAUUCUUUCUGUACUUAUGACCAAUUUCCUGCUACGUUAGGCCAACCAUGGCUAGAUUCCAACGCAAGGGAUCCCCCAUUUAACCUAUCCCUUUUCUCACCAUCGCUACCUGUGGGUUCCGUUGAUAUGCUACUGGAAGAUUUCAUAGCCCAGGACACGGCCACCCGUUUUCCGGGUGAAACCGACAUGCUGGUGCCGAAUUCUUUGGCAGAUCAACCGUCACCUAAACAGACUACUAUCCUGAUAUAAUGUUGAAAAGACGAACCCAAAAAGAAUCCCCUUUCUGAUCCUGAAAUGUCAUAUAUAAUCAAGAGGCUACAUUUUACCUGAUGAUGGGAGGGAAUGUAUUUAUCGAAUUCAUGAAUUGUUGUCAUAUUCAAUGCUUUUCAUUAUACCAGUCCCUGCGUGAUCAAUAUUUAAAGCGGAAAUCCAGACGUUUGUUUCCCUCCUUUUC